GUGAAACACCGCGAGAUUUUGAUGAUAUCGGCGCCAUCUUCAAAAAAGAUCACCUCGGCCGAAUCAGUUGUUUUCGGCAAUUUUGAAACAAACUUUACAAAGGACACAAUGCGCUACGUAAAUUAUACAUUCGUGUAAGGAACACUACAAUUUACGCCGUGAUUUGAGAAGAACUCGAUAAUAACAACGGAGGGAAUGAAUGAUGUUACAAGCCAGCUGUACCAUCUGCUCUGACUUAUUUGAAGUUGAAAGUAAUGUAUCCGCUACACACUGUGGACACGUCUUCCAUGAGCAUUGUUUACAGAGAUGGCUUAACCAAUCCAAGACUUGUCCGCAAUGUCGAGCUGAUUGCUUUGCCCGGAAUGUCGUCAAGCGCUUGUACUUCAAUCAGAGCGAGGAGGAGGCUGUCACAGAGUUAGAUGCCUCAUCACUCAAGAAUGAAUUAGACAGAACCAAGGCUUUACUUAGCCAGAGAAACAGAGAGAAGUCUGCUUUCAAGAAGACCAAAGAUGCACUGAGUGAAGAAAUUACUAAAUUAACAUCGCAGAUUGGUGACUUGAUAGACAGAGUAAAUAAAGAAGAAAUAACUAAUAGUGCUUUGAAGAAACAACUACAGUUACUUUGCAAUAAACAAGAUGAGGCUGAACGUGCAAGGAGAGAAGCAAAAGAAUUGAGAAUAAAGCUACAGAGAUUAGAAAGAUUUGAAGCGGUUAUGAAUGAAACGUGUCAGGAAGUGGACGAUAUGCUUCACAAUUACGGCACAGGACCACACGCUGUCAGAGAUCUGACAGUUUAUUGCUGCUCUUUGAAGAAAGAAUUUGAUAACAGUAAGCAGUUACGUCGUACUAUGAGGGAUGAGCUAGAGCAAACUAAACGAUGUUUACAAGUAAAAAAUAAAGCAUUGAUUGAAAAAACUGAAGAAGUGAGUAGUCUGCAAAGACAACUUGCUCUGGCGGAGGAAGAUGUUGCCCAUUCAGAAAAUGAAAACAAAGGAUUAAGGAAAAAGAUCAGUAUUCUAGAAAGAGCUGUUGAAUCUCCUAGUGGCACGGCCGGUGCCAUCAGUAGACUUAUUAUGGAAAGUCCAGCACCUCAACAUUUGAAGAAACCACGUCUGUCAGGAUCACACGACUCUGGAGAUAUUGAAUUCAAUCUCAUACCAGGAAACCCUGAUACACCGGAAAUAGUGAAAGAAAGUCCCAGCAUUAAAAUGAAAUCUGAGUGUGAGGAGUUUGGUGUGAAUUAUGUCAAAACUACAUCCCUCGCCAAGGAGAAUAUGGCACAGAAACAAGCGGCUGCAGAUAAAGCACUGAUGUGUAACAUGUAUCGUAAUUCGUCAUUAUUUAAAAAGCGCCCUCUAUUAGACAGUAAGGAGAGUGAGAGUAAGAUAAGGCGAGGCUACAAUGGAUUUGGAGGACAUCAUACUUUUAUUGAAACUACUGAAUUCUCGGCUCCGUCAUCGCGGAAAAUAGUGCGGACAACUAAAAAGAAGAUGGUUACAAAACCAAAAGGAUCGUCGAUGAGAACGCUUGAUAGUUUCGUUUCGUGAUACUUGGUUUUGAUUUUUAUAAUGUCAUAUAUUAUCGUGAUCAACGAUUUAAGGUUAAUACAAGUAACUGCUUGAUUAAAAAGUCACUGUGUCUUAGAGAGAGGUGUAUGCAGGCAAUUUAGGAUGUUGCAUUCGGUUGUUUUGCUGUUUCGUUGACUUUUCUCAUUUUCAAAAUACUGGUGUACUUUAAUAUCAAGGUGAAUUUCUCUAUACAUGGCCAGUUACUGGAGAACAUCCGUUUUCUAUGCACUGCACUGGACCGGCGCUGGACCUGAAUGAACAUGUAAAAGUGAAAAUUGGACAAUGCUACUUUCUUUGUCCUCUUUUUCAAUUGCUAGUGAUGAUGUCCAUCUUGGAGUCUGACUCUCCAGAGGGUGGUUCAGCAUUAAACCUACCAGCCACAGAUCCUGAGAAAAUAGCUUUUAAACAUUGCAUCUUCACCCAUUCUUGUCAUGUUUACAUCAGAUGAAAACUGACAUCAUUCUACUUUUACUGUCGUCUAUGUAAAUUUGUAUCCUUAAAUUUUCGUACACAAGCCUUUUUUUUUUUAGUAUUUAUUAUAAUGCAUUACAUCUAAACUUAAAUUGAGUAUCUUUGUAAAAAUACAUAGCCGGACAUUAUCGGUAUGGGUUAUUGCAUCGAGGGAUUCAUAUAGGAAGUAAUGAAAUGUAUAUGUUUUGUAGUAUAUUCAUGAAAGCGAGUCAUUUCAUGAGCAAGGUUUGUACGAGACAUUAAUUAUUGAUACUGUAAAACCAUUUAUUUUCACUCACAUUUAAUUUUCACUAUAUUCACUGACUUUUAAAAAGUUCACAGAUUUGCCAGUAAAACAAGGUAGUUGUAUUGUUAAUUUGCAUGUUCCUGUGUAUUUAAUUUAGCGGAUUUUACUUAUUAGCGAAAAUAGUAAAAUUAAAACUCGGCGAAUAAUUACAUGUAAAGUAUUUACAGUGAAUCAAAUGACUGGUUCAGACUAGCACAAUCUAAUUUAGUAGUAGAAUUGUAAGGAGUACUUUUAUUUGGGUUUCUGUAGUUGUAGAAAAAUUCUUUAUUGAUUGUAUCAAGCACAACUUGGAAGGGUAAAGAAAUUUACUUGUAAUAUUGGUUGCCAUAGCAACUUAGAACAUUAAUGUAAAUAAAAGCAUAUUUUAUUUUACAUAACAUUUUAUACUUCAGCCGAAAACUUAUUUUGAAACUUUCUAAAAACUUUAUUUUAAAUAUUAAAUUUUUGUUUAUUUUGAUAUUUAAUUUUGUUUGUUUUUUUGUUAGCAAGUCGAAAAUAAACAUAUGUAUAUGAAAA